AUGGUUGACAUACAACAUCAACAUCAAUGCUCGUCAAAAGCUAUCGCCUACAACACGACAAUGUUUUACAAACAGCGAAAGACAUAUUUAAUUAUUGAUAUCGAACCUAUAGUCGAUGACAAGCCACUUACAAAUGAUGAAUCAUAUCCUUCAAUCUUCAAAGAUAAUAUGUAUACCAGACCAAAUGAGGAUACAUCAAUUAAUAAUAUUAUAUUUGGUAUUGGUCUAGUUGUUGUUAUUUUACUUUUACUUUUAAUAUUUAUUAAAUUAAUUUAUAAAUGUUAUAAAAUGUAUCAUAGUGAUGAUGAUGACAAGAAUGAAAAAGACCAAGUUAAACGAUCACCUUUAUUACCUUCGUCAACAUCGGUCGUUGUUCGUCGAAAUUCAUCUAUACGUAAUCCAACACCAUCAAUGCGUCGAUCAAGUCUUCUUAUUGAAACUCAAAUGGAUAUUACUCAAAUCAAACGUUUAUCUCAAACAUACAGUAAUACCCCACCAAUUACAAAAAAAUCUUAA